ACGCCGCUGUCAUGGCGGCCUGAGGAGCAGCGGGGGAGGCGCCGGGAGCCGGACGGAGGCGGCCGGAGCAGGCAGAUUGAAAAAUCUAGAAUGGCAGGAGAACAGAAACCAUCCUGCAAUCUUCUUGAGCAGUUUAUUUUAUUAGCCAAAGGCACCAACGGAUCAGCUCUGACUGCUUUGAUAAACCAAGUGCUAGAGGCUCCUGGGGUUUAUGUCUUUGGCGAGCUGUUGGAGUUAACAAACGUGCAAGAGCUUGCUGAAGGGCCUAAUGCUGCUUAUUUCCAGUUGCUGAACCUGUUUGCUUACGGAACGUAUCCAGAUUACGUAGCAAACAAGGAUAACCUGCCAGAGUUAACGGGGGCCCAGAAGAACAAGCUGAAACACUUAACUAUUGUAAGCUUGGCUGCCAGAAUGAAGUGCAUUCCUUACUCUGUGCUGCUCAAAGACCUGGACAUGAGGAAUCUGAGGGAGCUGGAAGAUCUAAUCAUUGAAGCUGUGUAUACAGACAUUAUUCAGGGGAAACUGGAUCAGCGCAACCAGGUGCUGGAGGUGGAUUUCUGUAUCGGCAGAGACAUUCAGAAGAAGGACAUCAGUAAUAUUGUUAAAACACUCCAAGAAUGGUGCGAUGGGUGUGAAGCGGUUCUGUUAGGAAUCGAACAGCAAGUGCUUAGAGCCAACCAGUACAAAGAGAACCACAACCGAACUCAGCAGCAGGUAGAGACAGAGGUCACAAACAUAAAGAAAACAUUAAAAGCCACGGCCUCAUCAUCAGCACAAGAGAUGGAACAGCAGCUGGCAGAGCGGGAGUGCCCUCCCCACGCAGAGCAAAGGCAGCCCACAAAAAAGAUGUCCAAAGUCAAAGGGCUGGUCUCCAGCCGCCACUAGAACCUGCCACGUAGCCAUCAUUCAGCCAGGAGUGACGACAGAAGGAGCGACAAAGGCCCCGUGUCUCCUUUUCGGUGGGUUCUGGGCCAGGCCUC